AUGGCGAAGGCACAGGCUCUCAGCGUUCACGUCUUGUCGAAAGGAUGGACGUUCAAGCAGGGUGAUGAUUCUGCUAAGGAUGCGUGGAUGCCAGUCAAAAAGGUCCCUACGAAUGUUCACCUGGACCUGAUGGACAAUGAGAAAAUUCCAGAUCCGUUCCUGGGCUUCAAUGAACUUGAAGCAGAAUGGGUAGCAGACAAGACCUGGACCUACAAAGUCGAACUGCCUAAAGUACCAGAGGCGAAGGAAGGCGUCGUACAUAUACUCGCAUUUGACGGCCUCGACACCUUCGCCACUGUCAAGCUCAAUGGAGAGACUGUCCUGAAGAGCGACAACAUGUUCGUCCCGCAUCGCCUUGAUGUGACUAAGAAGCUCAGCUCCGACGGCGUUAACACUUUGGAGAUCGACUUCGCCUCCGCACGUCUUGAAGCUAUCAAGAUCAAGGAGAAGUAUCCGGAUCACAGAUGGAUCGGAUUCAACGGCGACAUGUCAAGGCUUGCCGUGAGGAAGGCCCAGUAUCAUUGGGGCUGGGACUGGGGACCGAUCUUGAACACUUGCGGUCCGUGGCGCGAAGUACGACUGGAGACCUAUCAAACACGAGCAAAGGACCUGAGAGUCGACUAUAAGCUCGAUGAUAGCCUCAAAUCCGUCCAAGGAACCAUUUCUGCGACUGUUGAGGGCGACUCGGCGGAUAGCGUCAGCUUUGAUGUAUACGAUGGUGAUCAACGUGUCUUCAGAGAGACUGCGAAAAUAAGCGACGGCAUUGCUAAAGUGGAUUUCCAUGUCAGCAGUCCCAAGUUGUGGUACCCGCACGGUUAUGGCGAGCAGCCGCUGUACACUGUCACUGCAACGGUCCUUGCCAAUGGCACAGACGUUCAUCAGAUAUCACGGCGAACAGGAUUCCGGAAGGGCGAACUCAUUCAGGAGCCGGAUGCGAUUGGCAAAAGCUUCUACUUCCGUGUCAAUGGCGUCGAUGUGUUCUGUGGCGGUUCGGAUUGGAUCCCCGCGGAUUCAUUCACUCCCCGCGUAACCGAGGAGAAGUACCGUAAAUGGCUCGAGAUGAUGGUCGAUGGCUACCAAAUAAUGAUCAGAAUCUGGGGCGGCGGCAUCUGGGAAGAAGACAUAUUCUACGAGCUCUGCGACGAACUCGGUGUCCUUGUGUGGCAAGAUUUCAUGUUUGGGUGCGGCAACUAUCCCGCCUUUCCGGACAUCUUGCGAUCAAUCAAGGAAGAGUGCACUGCCAACGUCACCAGAUUGCGACAUCACCCAUCCAUCAUCAUCUAUGCGGGGAACAAUGAGGACUACCAGGUGCAGGAGUCGUAUGGCUUGACUUACGAUUACGAGGACAAGAACCCGGACAACUGGCUAAAGACCGAUUUCCCGGCCAGGUACAUAUACGAAAAGCUGCUGCCCGACGUCGUUGCGGCGGAAAGCCCACAUGUGCCAUAUCACCCAGGGUCACCAUGGGGCGACGGACUUAAGACGUCAAACCCCACAGUGGGUGACAUGCAUCAGUGGAAUGUAUGGCACGGCACACAAGAGAAGUACCAGAUAUUCGACACGCUCGGGGGACGCUUUAACAGCGAAUUCGGCAUGGAAGCCUUCCCACACAUCGACACGAUCAAGUACUACUGCACCGACCCCUCUCAGCUUUACCCGCAAAGCCACAUGCUUGAUUUCCACAACAAGGCCGACGGCCACGAGCGGCGAAUAGCCACGUAUCUGGUGGAAAACUUCCGGACCAAGACCGACCUAGAGCUGUCGCAAGCCGAAGCACUAAUGUUCGGCUACAGGGGCUGGAGGCGCCAGUGGGGACAAAACAGGCAUUGUGGUGGUGCACUCGUCUGGCAGCUCAACGACUGCUGGCCAGUUACCUCGUGGUCCAUCGUCGAUUACUUCCAGCGCAAGAAACCGGCUUACUACGCCAUGCGCCGCGUACUUGCCCCGAUUGCUGUGGCAGUCAAACGGGCGCAUUUUGAUUGGAGCGUCGUGCAUGCCAGAGUGCCCCCAACGAGCGACUACGAAGUCUGGGUCGCGAGUCAGAGGCUAGAAGAAGUGGUCGCAACUGUUGAGCUGCGGUAUAUAAGCGUUGAGAGCGGCAAGGAGAUUAAGAAUAAGAUCGUCAAGAAGGAUAUCAGGCUCGUACCGAACGGAACGACCGACGUUCUGUCAGGCACGAUCGACAACCGGAACGAGGAGCCGCAUGUCCUAGCCGUACGCAUAUGGGUCGAUGGCGAAAUCGUGUCGCGCGACGUCGAUUGGCCGCAGCCACUCAAGUAUCUGGAUUUCAAGGACCGCGGGCUGGAAGUCGUACCCCAAGGCGAGACUAUCACAGUAAAGGCACAGAAGCCGACCAAGGGUCUGGUCUUUGAGGAGCGCUCUGGCGUCCUCGUUCACGACAGCGCUAUAGAUGUUAUUCCUGGCGAUGAGCAAGUCAUCAAGGUCAAGGGGCUGGGUAAGCAGGACGAACCGUUGAGGUGGACAUACUUGGGCAAAGAGUAG